CUUUAUCGAGGAAGAAUCUUGGGCAGUGUUUACGGAACAGAAUCAAUUACAUCCCAAACAAGUAUUUGUGCGUGAGUCACCCUCUUGGAUUUAUAGCUGUCUCCACCUUAAUUUAACAAGUUCUGCUUCUCCUGUGAGGCAUCAGAUGCUUGUUCGUAUUCUUGGGAAAUAUGGAUUAAAGUGGAGCUUCUUAGACUUGCUACAGGCCUUAUUAAAGGAAACAAUGGAGCUUUUUUUCUGGAUUAUUGCCAGGAUUAGUUCACAUACUGCAGCUAUAAAUUGUUAGAUCUCGCAGGUAAUGCUUGGCCUGCUUUAAUGUGAAGUGCUGUGGGAAUUUUGCUUAUCAACUGUGGAGGGUGGCUUGGAUCAAGAAGAGUUUCUCUUCUUUCCUGGUUGGUGUGGCAUCACAUAUAUGUCCUCAAUGCCUUCAGCCUUGGCUAUUUUCACUUGCCGCCCAAACUCUCACCCAUUUCAAGAACGCCAUGUCUACCUGGAUGAGCCUGUCAAAAUUGGCCGCUCAGUGGCUCGUUGUCGACCAGCUCAGAACAAUGCUACCUUUGACUGUAAGGUCCUGUCUAGGAACCAUGCUCUUGUCUGGUUUGACCACAAGACAGGAAAGUUUUAUCUUCAAGACACUAAGAGUAGUAAUGGUACCUUUAUAAAUAGUCAGAGAUUGAGCAGAGGAUCUGAGGAAAGCCCACCAUGUGAGAUUCUAUCUGGUGAUAUCAUCCAGUUUGGCGUAGAUGUGACUGAGAACACGCGGAAAGUCACCCAUGGAUGCAUUGUUUCCACAAUAAAACUGUUUCUUCCAGAUGGUAUGGAAGCUAGGCUACGGUCAGAUGUCAUCCAUGCUCCAUUACCCAGUCCUGUUGAUAAGGUUGCUGCUAACACUCCCAGUAUGUACUCUCAGGAACUGUUUCAGCUUUCACAGUAUCUACAGGAGGCCUUACAUAGGGAACAAAUGUUGGAACAGAAGCUGGCCACCUUACAGCGAUUGCUUGCUGUCACGCAAGAGGCAUCUGAUACCAGUUGGCAGGCUUUGAUCGAUGAAGAUAGGCUACUAUCAAGGUUAGAGGUUAUGGGAAACCAAUUACAAGCAUGUUCAAAAAGUCAAACAGAAGAAAAUUUACGAAAGGAACUUAUAGCGUUACAGGAUGAUAAGCAUAAUUAUGAGACAACUGCCAAAGAGUCCUUGAGGCGGGUCCUUCAGGAAAAAAUUGAAGUGGUCAGAAAACUCUCUGAAGUGGAGCGAAGUUUAAGCAACACCGAAGAUGAAUGUACUCACUUGAAAGAAAUGAACGAACGGACUCAGGAAGAACUGCGAGAACUGGCUAACAAAUACAAUGGAGCUGUAAAUGAAAUUAAAGAUCUCUCUGACAAACUAAAGGCAGCUGAGGGAAAACAAGAAGAAAUUCAACAAAAGGGACAAGUUGAGAAAAAGGAAUUGCAGCAUAAAAUAGAAGAGAUGGAAGAAAGAGAGCAAGAGCUUCAGGCAAAAAUAGAGGCUUUGCAAGCAGAUAAUGACUUCACCAAUGAAAGGCUAACUGCUUUACAAGUCCGGUUAGAACAUCUUCAGGAGAAAGCUCUUAAAGAACACAGCAGUUUAGGCAUACAAGUUGAUGACUUCAUUCCUAAAAUUAAUGGGAGUGCAGAAAAAGAGCACUUUCUUUCAAAGAGUGGAGGGGACUGCACUUUUAUUCAUCAGUUCAUAGAGUGCCAGACAGACAAGCUCAUAGACGAAGGACAUCUUUCCAGAGUGGAUGAAACAAAGAUUCUGAAAGAAAAUCAAGCAAAAGCAAAAGAAGCGGAUCUAUCUGAUACUCUUAGUCCAAGCAAGGAGAAAAGUAGUGACGACACUACAGAUGCUCAGAUGGAUGACCAUGAACUAGAUGAACCUAUUGCUAAAGUAGCUCUCUUAAAAGCAGAUGAAUUGCAGGGUGCACAAUCAGAAACUGAGGCAAAACAAGAAAUUCAGCAGCUGCACAAAGAACUGGUUGAAGCCCAAGAGCUAGCUAGAACAAGUAAACAAAAAUGCUUUGAACUGCAAGCUCUUUUGGAAGAAGAGAGAAAAGCUUAUAGAAUACAAGUUGAAGAGUCCACCAAGCAAAUCCAGAUUCUCCAAGCUCAGUUACGUAGGCUACAAGAAGAUAUUGAUCAUCUUCGAGAGGAAAAGGAGAGUGAAAUUUCCAGUACUCGCAGUGAUUUGCUUAGUGCUCAGAGUGAGAUUCUGUUAUUGCAACAAGUGUCUGAAAAGGCCGCCUCAGAAAGGGACACAGACGUGGCUGCUUUACAAGAAGAGCUUCAGAAAGUGAGGGCUGAGCUUGAACGGUGGCGCAAUGAGGCUUCAGAAUAUGAAAAGGAGAUUGUUAACCUGCAAGCCAGUUUUCAGCUACGAUGUCAGCAGUGUGAGGAUCAGCAGAAAGAGGAAGCUGCUCGUUUAACAGGUGAACUCGAGAAGUUGAGAAGGGAGUGGACUGUUCUCGAAGCCGAAUAUGUUUCAUUAAAGAAGGAAAAUUCUUUGCUUGAAUGUAAACUUCAGCGUCAAGAGAAGGAGCUUCAUAACUCUCAGCAGCAGAGUUUAGCACUUACCAGUGAUCUGAGUAUUCUCGAGCUGACCCGAAAAGAGUUGGAAAAUAACAUGGGAUCUCUGAAAGAACAACAUCAGCGAGAUGCAGCUGGUCUAAAAACUCUUCUUAAUGCUGCAGAAAGCCAAGCCAAGGAUGUUCAGAAAGAGUAUGAAAAAACACAGACCAUACUCUCAGAGCUGAAGCUGAAGUUUGAGAUCACUGAGCAGGAAAAGCAAUCAAUCACAGAUGAACUCAAACAGUGUAAAGACAGCCUGAAGCUGCUACAAGAAAAAGGAAACCAUGUAAGUUGGUUAAAACCUUCCAUAUUUCCACCCGUCCCAGCCGUAUUCAUCGGCCUAAUCCUGGCUUUCCUGUUUUGGUGUUACAGCCCAUUGUGGUAGAGAAAGAGACAAUGGCCUUGGAUGCCUGUGAUGGCAGCUUUGGUAGCUGUGACAGCCAUGGUGCUGUACCCAGGCCUAACCAGAGCUUCUCCAUGAGAACUGUUGUUGAGUCCAUACACCGUCCUCUCUUUAGAAGCUGGCAUCAUUCACACACUGGGGGAAAACCAGAUUCAUUCUCUUUCUUUUUACCUCUCAAUACCACAGAGUUUGGCUUCUGAACAGAAGUAGGGUCAUUUGCUUUAAACUGUACAAAACGUAUCUGUCUAUAAAGAGGGAAUAAAAUUAUGACUUCAUUCUAUCGUGAGCAAUAUUGUUGCUUACAAUUUCAUGUAAUUCUUUAAAAUAGUAUGUUGGAGUUCUAAAUGCUGUUAUGGUGGCCUAAAAUAGGCUUCUUGGUACCAAAUUAUUUAUAAUGGUUAGGUGUGUGGAUAUUUUACUUUAGGAUCUGAUUGCCAGAUUGAAAGCAGCGCAUUUUUUCUUCUGAUUGGGACACCCAUGCCAAAUAAUCCUUUAAGUACUUGGAAGCAGACGCAGUGUGCUCAGUGCCUUUCAGUUUGACUUUAUUUGUACAUUGACAUACCAUUUUUUACUUGCUGUGAGUCACUGAGCUUUGGGGAACAAUUUCUUUUUCCAAGUCUGGACGGAAACAAAUAUUUUUCUUCGGUAAAAGAUCCUAUUUUAUUGAUGACUUGGGAAUGAGUAUAAUUCAUUGCCAGCCUUAAAGAGCUCAAGAAGCAAUGGAAUUGGAAGCAUCCAUCUAGACCGUUUUUGUGUGCAGGUGUGUGCAUGUGUGUGCCUGAGUGAAUUAAAGGGUUUUUUGGGAGCAAAAUCUUGAUUUUUCUGAUGGACAUAGUGCAGUGAUCCAACUUUUAGUUUGAAUGUAAUUUAUUAAAUUUCAUGUAUAUAGACACUAUAAAACUCAACAUAUUUUUCACAUAUCACAUUAUAGAAAUGAUUUUUUUCCAGCCACUUACUAUCAAAAUUGAACUGGGGAAAUAAUGUUUGUCUCUGUAAUUGUACUUUCAUUGGCAUAACUUCAUUAUGCGAAGUGUUUGAGUGCUUCUAUUUUAGGGGAAGGAAAAU